UUUUAUCAGGAAACGGACCCUAAAAGUCAUUCUGUGUCGCGGAUUCUUUGUCAUUUCCGAAAAAGAAUCCUGAGUAGUUUAUCGCUGGGCAAGAUGCCGUAUGAGCUGAAUGAGCAAAAAAAAAUUGGUCUCGGUCUUGUUGGGUUUGGUAUAUUCUUCUUCUUCUUGGCCAUAAUUUUAUUUUUUGACAGAGGUUUGCUAGCUCUUGGAAAUAUAUUCUGGCUAGCAGGUGUAGCCAUUUUACUGGGUUGGCGAUCCACUUGGCAACUCUUCACAAAUAGAAGAAACUAUAAGGGUUCAGUUUCAUUUCUCCUUGGAAUAUUCUUUAUCUUUGUCCGUUGGCCAGUACUUGGUAUACUUGUUGAAAUUUAUGGUUGCUUAGUGCUUUUUGGCUUCUUAAUCAGUUCAGAAGAAGCACUGGUUGAAUGCAAGAAAGUAAGUUUGAGAAUUCAUACUGGACUGGCAAUGGUUUAGAAUGAAGGGUAUUAAAAUUUCUGGUGGCAAUGGAAAGUUGACUAAAUUGCAGCAAAGUUCUAAAUGAUCAUUAUGCUUUGUUUGUUGUCAUCCCGUGAUGUGAAGGAAACAGAAGGACAAAUCACUUUAGUUGAAUGAGAUUCAAUUGUCGUGUAUCAGUGGUCAUUGUAUGGAAUAUAAAUUGUCAUUUGAUUGACUUUUGAAUUAAGUAAGUUAUAUAUAUAUAGGGGUCGCGUUCCAGUGAGAAUAGUACUCAGUGAGAGAAAUAAGAAUGAAUUGUAACCAGUAGAUCGGAUGAUCUAAUGGUUAAUAAAAAGUCAAAGUUAUACAUUCAUCAAGGAUAUUGUGGUAAUUUUAUACCCCACACCAAAAUAGGUGGGCCUCUCUCACAAUAAUGCACCUGCCAACCAACUAUACACACCCACCACAUCUCUCUCUCUCCCUCUCUCUCUCUCUCACACACACACAUACACAC